AUGGCAGCCGUACAAUUGAACUUCACACUGAGGACCUCGUCCAACUGCAAGACAGUCCACCUCAUCGGCUCCUGGGACAGCUACAAGAGUCAACUUCCUCUUUCCAAGGACUCUGCGAAACAAGGCGGCUGGAAAGGUACAUUCAGAUUCCAGGGCUCGACACUGAAGCCUGGCUCGAGAUACUGGUACUACGUAUCCCGCGAAUCCACCACCGAACCCACCACAGGCCGCAAACUCAACAUCCUCGACAUCCCCUCUGCAAAGUCGUCAGCCACUGCGCCCUCUGCUCCAGCACCAUCUUCAAAGCCACACAGUCACAGCAAGCACACCCGCCGCACCAGCGAACACAUCCCCAAAGGCCGCUCGCUGUCGCCCUCGCAGAUCAAGUGUCCGCGCCCCAAUCGCCCCCACGAGACCCGCGCCAUUACUCGCGAACAGUACAACGCAUCUUCUGUGGAUCGACUUGCCAGCCGCCUCGGCAACACUCAACUCGACUCUGAUUCCGAUAGCGAGAGUGACAGCGACAGUGAUGUGCCGUCGCUUACUUCGUCGCGCAGCAGUGCUUCCUCGUCGCCCUCGUCUGCGAGCGCGACAUCGAGGUCGUCGUCUACGAGUGCUUGCACCUGCAAUCGCUUUGGCAUUACCAGGUCUGGAGCGAGAGUCAAGCUCGACUGUGGCGGCGACGUGUGCGGAUAUGGUGAAGGCAGUGAUUGUUCCUCUGAAAGCGAAGACGAAAAGAAAUACCGUACUCGCACCACCAGACGCCAGGGUUUGAUUGUGCGUCGUUGA